AAUGGAAGCCGUGGGCGUGGUCUAUUUGCAGUUGUGAACCGGGUGAUCAGUGCUCAGUGCGUGUCAGGGUCCCUCCUGGUAUACAGCUGCCUUCAAUCCCCCUGACCUACAACCAUAACCACUGCCUCUGUCCAUAGACCAGCAUGGCGUCCCUGGCAGUGGAGGACACCAGUAAGGGCAAGAUUAGAUCAGUGUCUGUGGAUCUGAACACUGAUCUUUCUCUUCAGAUUGAUAUUCCCGAUGCUCUCAGUGAAAGGGACAAGGUGAAGUUUACCGUUCAUACAAAGACCACAUUGUCCACAUUUCAAAACCCAGAAUUCUCUGUGACACGUCAGCAUGAAGAUUUCAUCUGGUUACAUGACACACUUAUCGAAACAGAGGAAUAUGCUGGGAUCAUUAUUCCGCCAGCACCUGCAAAACCAGACUUUGAAGGACCACGAGAAAAAAUGCAGAAGUUGGGAGAAGGCGAAGGAUCCAUGACAAAGGAUGAAUUUGCCAAAAUGAAACAGGAGCUAGAGGCGGAAUAUUUGGCGGUAUUUAAGAAGACAGUAUCGGUCCAUGAAGUUUUCCUACAGAGACUUUCGUCUCACCCUGUAUUAAGCAAGGAUCAUAAUUUCCAUAUAUUCCUUGAAUAUGAUCAAGAUUUAACCGUACGACGGAAGAAUACUAAGGAAAUGUUCGGUGGAUUCUUUAAGAGCAUGGUUAAAACGGCUGACGAGGUUCUCUAUUCUGGAGCAAAGGAAGUUGAUGAAUUCUUUGAGCAGGAAAAAAUCUUUCUAGUGAAUUACUACAACAGGAUCAAGGACUCUACCGCCAAAGCUGACAAAAUGACACGAUCUCAAAAAAAUGUUGCUGAUGAUUACAUUCAUAUUUCAGCUGCUCUGACCUCUCUAUCGGAGGAAGAGAACACAGAGGUCCAAAAAUAUUUGUUGAAACUAGCAGAGCUGUACGAAAAACUAAGGAAAGUAGAGGCUAGAGUUGCUUCAGAUGAGGACUUGAAACUGUCGGAACUUUUAAGAUACUAUGUGCUUAACAUUGAAGCUGCCAAGGACUUGCUGUACAGAAGGACCAAAAGUCUAGUUGAUUAUGAGAAUUCAAAUAAAGCUCUUGAUAAAGCAAGAUUGAAAAGUAAAGACGUGAAACAGGCAGAGUUGCACCAGCAGGAGUGCUGCCAGAAAUUCGAGAAGCUUUCUGCGUCUGCAAAACAAGAGCUGGCUGGAUUCAAGCGAAGGAGAGUGGCUGCUUUUCGCAAAAACCUAAUUGAAAUGACAGAAUUAGAAAUUAAACACGCAAAGAAUAACAUGGCUCAAUUACAAAGCUGCAUCGAAUUGUUCAAGAACAGUUAGAAGAUCAGUUACUCUCAGGAAAGACAGAUGUGACCAGCAAGCACCCAUUGCACUUCAGAUAUCCGCCAUAUUCAUCAAAGAAGUGGAAUCUUUGCAACUGAUCAGAACUUGGUGCUUUUGGAAAAAAAAAUCUGUCAUGAAUUGCCAUUUAAAGGGGAAGUAUCCUUUAUAAUGAGAAAAACAUAUGAGGUCGUACUUGUGAUUAAUACAGGGAAGAAAAUAUAUUGAAUGUUGCAUCGCUCUACUUUUGUCGAGUAUUGGAGUGGUAUAUAAAGCUACUUUUUACAUCGACCCGACGUGUUUGAUCACUUGGCAUUGGGGCAACAUGAAUUAACUAAAAUGGUGCCAACUUGCCUUAAAUGGAUAAUAUAUUCAUAAUAUCUUAGCAAUGGGAUCUAAUAGCUGUCUAAUAGCUGCGGCACGUUAACCACAAUGCCGACCUCUGAUAUAUAUUUUUUUAUUAUAAGUUAUUACUUUCCGCUGACCAUUUUGUAAUGUUUGUAAUACUUAUAUCCAAAACUGUCUGAAAAUAUUUUCUUAAUGCUAUCUUGGUAAAUUGUUAAAUGUGUUUUGGGAUAAUCUAUCAGCUAUAGCGAAUAUUUUGACAAGUUUAGCUACAUAUAUUGAAAACUAUAUUUUUCAUCUUAAGCCUCUUUUCAGGAAAAUAAACAUACUUCUACU